AUGAGGGACUACAACGACAUCGACACCCAGCUCCUCUGGCGGCGCAUGCUUGCCAUUCAACGCACCUUUGGCUGCUACAACUCGACACGCAUGAACAUUGCCAUUGAGAUUGGCGAGCAGAACGCUUCUGUCCCGUCACGAGUAUGUCUGGAUUUGCUGAAUGAUAGCAUUGAUACACUUCCCAACGAUAUCAAGCAGCGAAUCGAAGACUUCCUCGCAUGCGAAGACGUCUCUAGGUCAUCGUCAUCUUGCAGCAGGAGGAAGUGGAGUUGGAGGCAUCUUUUGCAUGCUUGA